UGCGUCCCUCCAGUCGAGCCCGGUACAGUGUCGCGAUCGUACGCGAAGUGGCUAGAGAAGUGCUAAAACCGUGAGAGGCGCGUGUGUGGCGUUGCGUCUUGGACUUGGAGACUUGUUCCGGGGCAGCUAAACCAAUUCACCAUGAUCGGCCUGCAGCAAUUAUCGUUACUCAUCGGUGCGCUAUGCGUUUACUCGAUAGCAGGACAACAGUUCAAUCAGUGUGACGUCCAGCAGCGGUGCGUCGAGUUUAACAGCUGUCCCGAGUUCAAGGCCUAUGUCGGCAAACCGGCCACCACCUGGCCUCGAUCGGUUCAAGAUCAGGUGCGGCGACGAAUCUGCAACAAACAACAAAAGACUUAUUACGUAUGCUGCAACGCACCCUUGAACGUUGGAUCCGGUAAUUCUGGCCGUCCAACGGGCAUGAAACUGCUGGACAUGACAUCCUGUGGAAAGCAUACCAAGGACCGUAUUGCGUAUGGGAAAAACGCAAAAGUGUUCGAGUACCCCUGGAUGGCCGUCCUCAUAGGCCUCGAUGGACAACUGGCCUGCGGCGGAACACUAAUCUCGGAGAGUUACGUCCUUACUGCGGCCCACUGCAAGCGACAGUCGAUAACAACGGUGCGACUUGGGGAGAACGAUAUCAACAAGGAGAUCGACUGCAACGUGUACGCAGACGAAGAGGACGACUGUGCCGAUCCGCCCCAGGAAAUCGCGGUUGCAGAGUUCAUUGCCCACAAACUGUACAGUCCUUCAAAGCGAAAGAACGACAUCGCGCUGAUAAGGUUGGCAUCGCCUGCAAAGCUUAGUCACAGUGUUAAAACGAUCUGCCUUCCGAUUGGGUCGAUGCUCCGUAAUCCGGAACCGAAGGACAUGAUCAUUUCCGGCUGGGGCCUGACAGAAAACAAUUACAUUUCCAACAUUCUGCAGUACGCCAAAGUGAGCACGGUUCCGUUGGACGAGUGCAACCGGCAGCUGAGCCUGUUGGACAACACGAUCAAGCUGGACGGCAGCCAGGUGUGUGCCAACGGCAAGAACAAGGUGGAUAACUGUGCCGGAGACUCCGGGGGACCGCUGCAGUACACGUCGCUGCAGUCGACCAUCGUGCAGUACGGCAUCGUUUCGUUCGGACUGAACUCGUGCGGGGUGUCCAGCAGCCCCGGCGUGUACACCAAAGUUUCGCACUACAUCGACUGGAUCGUGGCGAAUUUGAAAUAGUCUGCCAAUAUGUUCAUAUUUUGCUAAUAUAAUUACUUCAGUAAGGAUCAUUUCAAUUAUCACAUUAAGUAUGCUUAUUUUCAAAAAGACUCAUUUAAGAAGAUCGGCAAUUUUACUUACUAACAGCGAAAAAUAAACCAUAACAAAUUGCCUUUCUAUGAAAGGUGUGCUUGAAGUUAAUAAAAAUGUAAAAAUACUCCAGCGAUUAAAAACAGUUCUUUAUUACUCCUUAUAAUUAUGU